AUGGCACCAAAAGAUAAAAAAGGAGCUAAAAAGGCUGUGACAACCGACUCUCGGUUUGCAUCUUUGCACAAUGAUCCCAAGUUUGCGCCUACAAGGAGAAACGAUCUCAAGGUGAAGGUUGACAGCAGAUUCUCCAAAGAAGAGUUGGGAUUGCAGAACUCCAAGGCCAAGAUUGAUAGAUAUGGCCGCAAAUUGAAAGACCAGAAGUCUACAAAGGAUUUUGACAAGUUUUAUGAACAGGAGGAUGAUUUGGAGGCAAAGGUUGCUAGUCCAAGCUCUAGCUCUGAUUCUGACUCUAACUCUGAUUCGCACUCUACCGAUGAUGAAGAUGGCACCAAGUUCGUUGACCGUGCCAGAGGAGAAGGAGGGUCUGAUGAGGACGACUCCAGCUCGUCUUCAGAAGAGGAGGAGUCUGAAGAAGAAGACUACGCCGAAGAUUCUGAGCUUGAGAUAGAAGAGGAAGAGGUAGCAGAAGGCGAUCCAACCUCUACCAUUGCUGUCACCAACAUGGAUUGGGACCAUCUGAGAGCCGUUGAUUUACUAGCAACUUUCUCCAGUUUUGUUCCUCCCAAGGGAUUCAUUGAUAGUGUGACAAUCUACCCCUCGGAGUUUGGGAAGGAGAGAAUGCAGAGAGAAGAGAUCGAAGGCCCACCCAGAGAUGUGUUCGCUUCCAAAAAAAGCAAAAAGGAAGAGUCAGAUGAUGACUCAGAUGAUGACGAUAUCGACCUCGAAAAGGCAGCGAAGCAACUUUACGAGGAAGGCGAUGCCCAAGACUACGACUCGAAGAGUCUGAGAAGAUACCAGCUCCAGAGGUUGCGUUACUAUUAUGCAAUUGUUGUAUGUGACUCCGUUGCCACGGCUAAGGCGAUCUAUGAUAGUUGUGACGGUACAGAGUACGAGUCCACCGCCAACCACUUUGACCUUCGUUAUGUUCCCGAGGGAAUGGAGUUUGAAGAGGACGAUGUCAAGGACAGGUGUAGAAAGAUCCCAGCAAACUACAAACCACAGGACUUCAUCACCGAUGCCUUGCAGCAUUCAAAGGUGAAGCUGACGUGGGACGAAACUCCUGCUGAAAGGAUGACACUUUCCAAGAAGGCAUUUUCUCAGAAAGAGAUCGAGGAUAUGGACUUCAAGGCGUAUCUUGCUUCCGACAGUGAAGAGAGUGAUGCUGAGGAUCUCAAGCAAAAGUACAAGUCUCUUGCUGGAGUCGCCGGGUCUGGCAAACAGUCCAAGCCUUUGGAAGAAGAGGAAGGAGAUGAUCUCGAUAUGGAGAUCACAUUCACGCCUGGUUUGGCCGAGGCCACCGCUGAAGAGAAGGAAGAGUCUACGAUUGAUAAAAUCAAGAACAAGGAAAAAGAGAGAAGAAAGCAGAGAAAGCAAAAGCUCAAGGAGCUGAAGAAGCAGCAGGAAGAGACCAAGCGUACCAGCAAAAAGGAGAGAAGGUCCAAGAAGACGGAAGAAGGCGAUGACAAGGUAAGUCGUGAAGAGCUUGAGUUGUUGAUGCUCGACGAGAACGAAGAAGAGGCAAAGAAAGGAAGAAGCCAUUUCAACAUGAAGGAGAUCAUCAAGAGUGAAAAGGAAAAGAGCAGGAAGCAUAAGGGCAAGGGCAAGGGCAAGAGAGCUAGCAACGAUUCUGGUGAUGAGGCUAGUAAUGACUUGGAUAUUGUCGAUAGUCGUUUUAGUGAAGUGUUUGAGGAUCACAGAUUUGCCAUUGACCCCACCAGUUCCGAAUACAAGAACACGCCUGUCAUGAAGAAGAUCUUGCAAGAGCGUUCUAAGAGGUCUAUGAAGAGGUCAAAGGAAGACUCUCAUAAGAAAAGAAGGGUUUAA